ACCUCGAAGAAGAAGAAGCAGACGUCGGAACCAGCGCCGCUGAGAGGGAAAAGAAAGACACGGUAGAGGUUGUUUUUGUCUCUCAACAUAAAUGGAGGUUCAUCCGUAACGGCAGAGAAGAGCAGAUACAAAAAAAGCAACAACAAAAAAAUACAAGCAAAAUGGCGAAAGACCACGAGGUGGAACGCAUUGCUAAAAAGCUGGACAAAAUGGUGCACAAGAAAAACACGGACGGUGCCAUAUAUCUGUUGAGGGAGUUACAGAUCACCAACAUGUCUCUGGAGACCCUACAGUCCACCAGGAUCGGUAUGUCAGUGAACGCUGUGAGGAAGCAGAGUUCAGAGGAAGAGGUCCAGACCCUGGCCAAGUCACUCAUCAAGUCCUGGAAGAAACUAUUGGACGGUGCUGAGGGGAAAGCUGUGGAGGAGAAGAGGAGGGAGGGCUCUCCUCUGAGGUCAUCGACGUCCAAGGACAGUCCUGGAUCCAGCGACCGGAGUAAGAAACAAGAACAGCCAGAGCCCCCGAAGACUCCCACCACACCUACGACUCCCACCACCCUAAAGUUCACCUCCUUCCCUCCCACUCCCGUCACCACUGACAGCGUACGCACAAAGUGCAGAGAGCUGCUGGUGGCUGCCCUGCAGACCGACGAUGACUACAAGCCCAUUGGAGCAGACACGGAGAAUUUGGCUGCUCAGAUUGAGGACUGUAUCUACCAGGAGUUUAAGUCUACAGACCAGAAGUACAAGUCCAGACUGAGGAGCCGUAUCUCCAACCUGAAGGACCCGAAGAACCCAGACCUCCGACGCAAUGUCCUCGCUGGAAACAUCUCAGCUGACCGCAUCGCUAACAUGGCCGCUGAGGAGAUGGCGAGCGCGGAGCUGAAAGAGAUGAGGAAGACUUUGACCAAGGACGCCAUCAGAGAGCACCAGCUGUCUAAAGUGGGCGGGACCGAGACGGACAUGUUUCAAUGUGGCAAAUGCAGGGGCAAGAACUGCACCUAUACACAGGUGCAGACGCGCAGUGCUGACGAACCCAUGACAACCUUCGUACUGUGCAACGGCUGUGGCAACCGCUGGAAGUUCUGUUGAGGAGAAGAUGAUUUGCUACGGGAUGAGCUGACACGGAUAAAGAAGAACUGGGACCUAUUUUGUUACAACUGCAAAUUGUUCAUUUCUUUUCUUCCUUUUGUUGUUUUUAUUUUGUUUUGAUAUCCUCAUAAAUCUGGAAUAUAUUUUGAGAAAAUGUUUGACGUGUAUUAAUAUUUUAAUUUCUAUGAUUAUGGAGCUAGUCUAGUAUUUUAAUUUCUAUGAUUAUGGAGCUAGUCUAGUAUUUUAAUUUCUAUGAUUAUGGAGCUAGUCGAGUAUUUUAAUUUCUAUGAUUAUGGACCUAGUCUAGUAUUUUAAUUUCUAUGAUUAUGGAGCUAGUCUAGUAUUUUAAUUUCUAUGAUUAUGGAGCUAGUCUGGGUAACUUUUCUGUUUCUGCUCUCUUACUACAACCUCUUAUUGAAUGUCAUGUUUGACACGAGUUGACAAGAGCACUACCCGGUACCAGGCUGAAGUUAAGGACUUAUUCUUAAAAACAAGGUUUUGGUUUGAUGUUUAUUAGUUUAAGCUAUAUAACUAACAAACAAAAAAAAGCUUUUGUUUUUGGCAUUAGGGAACAUAGUGGUGCCUUUCUUUGCCUCUCUGUGCCACAAAUGAUUAUUUUGCUAUUAGUUUUAUACACUUGCUGUAGAUAGAGUAUAUGCACUCUUAAUGUGUGUCCCAAAAUUGCACAUUAUUCACUAUAUAGGGCACUAAAAGUAGUGCACUAUAAAGGGAAUAGGGUGCCGUUUGGGAUAGACACCUGCUGUAUAUAGAACAGGCCGUUGUUUGGAGAUAUUCUGAAUCUACUGUCUUACAUACACGCUGCGCAGGUUCUUAAAGACUUCCAUUUAGGUUUAAAUUCUUCUGUUAAAACGAACAAAUGAAUGAAGCUGGAGGUUCUGCUAGAAGAUGUAGAGUUGCAGAGGAGUGGAAUGAGAAAUGGGAUGAGGAGGAGACGGGACAGUUGUCAGUUUCUCCUCUUGUCCUUCUCUGAUCGUACGCUAGUAAAAAGGGUUUAGCGGGGACUGGAGAAGUAGCCUGAUCGUAUGUUAGUAAAGGGUUUAGCGGGGACUGGAGAAGUAGCCUGAUCGUACGCUAGUAAAAAGGGUUUAGCGGGGACUGGAGAAGUAGCCUGAUCGUAUGUUAGUAAAGGGUUUAGCGGGGACUGGAGAAGUAGCCUGAUCGUACGCUAGUAAAAAGGGUUUAGCGGGGACUGGAGAAGUAGCCUGAUCGUAUGUUAGUAAAGGGUUUAGCGGGGACUGGAGAAGUAGCCUGAUCGUAUGUUAGUAAAGGGUUUAGCGGGGACUGGAGAAGUAGCCUGAUCGUAUGUUAGUAAAGGGUUUAGCGGGGACUGGAGAAGUAGCCUGAUCGUAUGUUAGUAAAGGGUUUAGCGGGGACUGGAGAAGUAGCCUGAUCGUAUGUUAGUAAAGGGUUUAGCGGGGACUGGAGAAGUAGCCUGAUCGUAUGUUAGUAAAGGGGUUAGCGGGGACUGGAGAAGUAGCCUGAUCGUAUGUUAGUAAAGGGUUUAGCGGGGACUGGAGAAGUAGCCUGAUCGUAUGUUAGUAAAGGGUUUAGCGGGGACUGGAGAAGUAGCCUGAUCGUACGCUAGUAAAAGGGUUUAGCGGGGACUGGAGAAGUAGCCUGAUCGUAUGUUAGUAAAGGGUUUAGUGGGGACUGGAGAAGUAGCCUGAUCGUAUGUUAGUAAAGGGUUUAGCGGGGACUGGAGAAGUAGCCUGAUCGUAUGUUAGUAAAGGGUUUAGCGGGGACUGGAGAAGUAGCCUGAUCGUAUGUUAGUAAAAGGGGUUAGCGGCGACUGGAGAAGUAGCCUGAUCGUAUGUUAGUAAAGGGUUUAGCGGGGACUGGAGAAGUAGCCUGAUCGUAUGUUAGUAAAGGGGUUAGCGGGGACUGGAGAAGUAGCCUGACAUCCAAACCUACUUUCUCCGUUGUUGAAACAAUUAUAAAACGUAUCAAAACUGUUGGUUGGAUUUCAGGCUACCGGAGAAGAGGGCAUCCUGACAAAAACGGUCGACUGGUUUGAAAAGUUUUGUCAUGCAAGUGAUUUAUUUUGUAUGUAAACAUUUGUCCUCCCAAUGGGAACUUGUGUCAAUUGAAUUAAAAACAGAUGUAGGGAGUGUGGAACGAGA